AUGGGGAGCUCAUCGACGGAGGAUUUCUCAGUGGUGGUUUUGGCCUCCGAUCUGGGCAUCGACGCCCGGCCGUUCCUCACGCACUCGCCUCCGCCGCCGCCGGAGGAGGAAAAUUGGCACGAUUGCCCUUCGUAUCUCCCCUCGGCCGACGACCAGAACCUUGACUUCUCUGAUCUCGAGGCCCUCCAGUUUUUCCGCCUCGAGCGCGGCUCCGAUAAGUCCGGCAAUCGGAUCUUCCGCGUCGUCGGCAAGUAUUUUCCCGCUCCUGUAGUAACUGGGGAGAGACUGAAAAAAUACGUGUGUCGUAAGAUCUUGACCGAGUUGCCAGACGGCCCGUUCUGCAUCGUGUACAUGCACAGUACAGUUCAGAAAGACGAUAACUCACCCGGCCUCACGAUUCUCAGAUGGAUGUAUGAAGAAUUACCCGGUGACUGCAAAGACAGGCUUCAAGUCGUGUACUUCAUUCAUCCCGGAAUUCGGUCGAGGCUUGUUUUCGCUACUCUUGGGAGAUUCCUCUUGAGUGGAGGAUUAUACUGGAAAAUCAAGUACGUGAGCCGGCUUCAGUACCUCUGGCAAGAUGUAAAGCAGGGAGAAGUUGAAAUUCCAGAGUUUGUUCAACAGCAUGACGAUAUUCUCGAACAUCGACCCUUGACUGAUUAUGGCAUUGAACCCGAUCCUUUGCAUCUCGUUGAAGUUCCUUCCACAGCUUACUCUUUUGGGAGGUACGAAACAGGCUGGGCAUCCAGGGAGUGCCGGUUUUAG